GGUUUCUAAAGAUACCUCACAGAACAACCCCCUUUUUUUAAAGCAACUACAAACGUAAACAAAGGACAGUUUUCUGGACUGAUUGGAGAAAACUGUCGGAACCCAAAACAAUUUGAACCAUUUGCCUCCAGUUGUGUCAAAGCAAUCAUGUCUCAGCAGCAAAUCAGCCUCCCAGCUAAACUCAUCAAUGGCGGCAUCGCUGGCAUUGUUGGGGUCACCUGUGUCUUUCCCAUCGACUUGGCAAAGACCAGAUUGCAGAACCAGAGACCAGGGCAGCAGAUCUACAAGAACAUGAUGGACUGCCUUGUCAAGACAGUUCGAUCAGAGGGAUACUUUGGAAUGUAUAGAGGUGCUGCAGUAAACUUGACCCUGGUCACCCCAGAGAAGGCCAUCAAGCUGGCUGCUAAUGACCUCUUUCGACAACACCUCGCAAAGAAUGGAAAGGGACUGACAGUCUUCAAAGAAAUGCUGGCAGGGUGUGGUGCAGGAAUGUGCCAGGUUAUUGUUACUACUCCCAUGGAAAUGCUCAAAAUUCAGUUGCAGGAUGCAGGCAGACUCGCGGCCCAGCAGCAAAAACCCAUCAUCAUGUCGCCAACAAAGCUCGUGGCCACAAACGCCGUUCUCAGUCGUUCCUACAACUCUGGAAACGUGGUGUCUGCUCCGAGGACCGUAUCUGCCACACAGAUCGCAAAGGAUCUUCUCCGGACGCAAGGCAUCCAAGGCCUGUACAGGGGUCUGGGGGCAACACUCAUGAGGGAUGUUCCUUUUUCUAUUGUUUACUUCCCGUUGUUCGCUAAUCUGAACCAACUGGGCAGACCCAGCCGGGAUGAGUCAUCGCCUUUCUAUUGGGCAUUCCUCUCCGGCUGUGUCGCAGGCUCGACUGCCGCCGUGGCUGUCAACCCCUGUGAUGUUGUGAAGACCAGACUGCAGUCUCUGAACAAAGGUGCCAGUGAGGAAACGUACAGCGGAGUGGUGGAUUGCAUAAGCAAAAUAAUGCGGAAGGAGGGGCCCUCUGCAUUCCUGAAAGGCGCGGGCUGCCGGGCUCUGGUCAUCGCGCCGCUGUUCGGAAUUGCACAAGUCAUGUACUUUGUUGGCGUUGGUGAAUACAUUCUGAACAACGCUCCUCUAAGCCGGCUGUCUGCGUGAGACCAAAUGUGCUGACGCGCCGUGCACAGCACCUGGUGGGAGAACGGGCAGCUACAAUCAGUUUACAUCGAAAACAUCCAGGAAGACUCUGGAUGCAAGGACCCAUCAUUUGAUGACUGUACCAUCUCGACAGCACAGUUGCACAUGUACAAUUUAGUGAUUGAGUUGACUUGGCCGAGGCCAUUGUUUGCACUUGAAACUGUUGGCCUUCCUGUUUUUGGGGAUUCCGUUGCAGCGUCAACCUUUUGUUCCCAAACAGCUGGUUGUUUUUUAUUCUUUUCGUUUCCCUCUGAGCGAGUGGAGGCUUAAGUUGUUUUACAUAUUUUCAUAUACCGUAUAUUAUCUCAAUUUUUAUAUUUGAUGUGUGCUAGUUCUUAAUUUCAAAACCCUAAGAUUCUUCAAACUGUAUUUUUGAUAUUUAAAUUUUAUUACUGACUUAUAAUCUGAAAGUUUUUUUUUUUUUUUUUUUAUACAUAGCUAUACCUGGAACUAAGAUAUAUGUUUUCUAGAGGAUCCUGUAUCUUAUUUUUGAUUACUUUUUGCAUUUCCAGUUGAACAAAUGAUCAGAUUUCAGAUCUCUUGUUGUAACUCCAGAAUCCUGUCAUUUGGUUUACUGAAAACCUUUUUUUUUUUUUUUUUUUCUAAAAUAGGUCGUUAAUAUUUGAAUAUUUGUGGACUACAGAAUGCUACUUUUAGAUCUUUUCUGUAAAUAAUUGUUAUUUUAUUGUGAACUGACAUAAUUAUUCUUGUUGUUUUGUGUACAACAUGGGUCACUUUUUUAUGGUUUAAACAGUUUCAGAUCAAGUUUCCCUCAAGCCAGCAGUCUAGACCUCCCAUAAAUAAAUCCUGAUAAUGUGAAAGGAACCUGAAUACUGUUCUGAAGGGACAUUUGUUACUCCAUUCACGCACACAUUAAAUCAGUUAUUGACUGAC